AUGGUUUCCCAGUUAUGCUGGGGUUGUCUUUCGACAACGGGGCUUCGCCAAACAUCGCGAGCCCUGUUGCAUCCCCAGUACCGUCAAUUGGCCGCAAAAACAACCACGUCACUCUUCUCCACGAGCGCAAUUCAAUAUGCGAACCCUCUACAAAAGAAAUCAAGGAGCAUGGAAGGCUCCCCGAAAUUCCGUGAAUCGAAAUCCGCACGAAUGCGAAAACCGAAAAAGGCUACAACAGAUCGUGGCCGGCCACCGCUCGUCGGAGAACGAAAAGCUCUUAGAAAACGGAUUGUAUUGAGUAACACCAACGCCCUCGAGGUUCCCGGUAUGCAGGAAUUUUCCGAGGAGACGAUGGUUGAUUCUCGAAUUCGUGGGUCGGUGCUGGCGUUGCCUGUGCCUAUGAUUACUCAAUUGAGGGCUCUACAGGCUUUUAAGCCUUCUCAGGGCUGGUCACUUUUCCGUCGACCGGGAGUUGUUUUGAGACGUGAGACGUUAGAGAUGGGCCGAGUUUUUGAGGGUAUUUCUACCGAGGGUCCUGAAAAGGGGAAAGUGGUGAAGAAGAUUCUUACGGGGAAGAAAGCGAGCGGAAAGAGUGUUCAUUUGUUGCAGGCAAUGGCUAUGGCACUUUUGAAGAAAUGGGUUGUUAUUUCUGUUCCUGAGCCACAAGACUUGGUCAUUGCUCAAACCGCAUAUGCACCUAUCCCCGACACGAAUCCAGUGCAAUAUGUUCAAGAACAAGCAACAUCCGAGCUUCUUCAACGCACCGUCCUCGCUAAUGAGGAAGUCUUGUCAAAACUGCAUGUGGCCCUGGAACAUCCCGAACUAAAAUCCCUCAUCCGACCAAAAAUGACUCUAGACGAACUUGCUCGUUUAGGUAUCCAAGACGUCACAAUUUCCUGGCCUGUAUUCCAAGCUUUCUGGGCCGAGCUUAAUGCCACUGCACCACCUACCAAGGAUACAGACGACAAGGCCAAAUCAUCAUUCGAACCUCGCCCCCCCGUCCUAGUAACAGUGGACGGUCUAUCCCACUGGAUGCAAGACUCCAAAUACCGCAACGCAGACUUCAAGCCCAUUCACGCUCACGACCUCGCCUUUGUCAAGCACUUCCUUUCUUUACUCCAACCAGCAUCAUCCAACAACAACAACAACAAGCCCCAACUACCCAAUGGCGGAAUCCUGCUGUACGCAACAUCAGGUUCAAACAAUCCCUCAGUCCCCAGUUUCGAUAUCGCACUAGACCAACUCGCAGCUCGUCAACAAGGGAUUGCGGAAUCAUCAGCGGAUUUCCCUGAACCAGAUCCAUAUGCAAAGAUUGACAAUCGGGUUCUGAAUCUUUUCAAACAAGCAUCUACCUCUAAAUCGUCAAGUUUGGAGUUGCAGACGCUUGGUGGUCUAAGUCGCAGUGAAGCACGUGGUUUCAUGGAAUAUUUCGCGCGAAGUGGUAUCUUGCAAGAAAAGAUUACUGAGGAAUGGGUCAGUGAGAAAUGGAGUAUUGCCGGUGGUGGAAUUAUUGGUGAAAUGGAGAAGUUGGGGAAGAGAUUGAGGACUGUUUUGUAAAAGCAAUAUAUAAAGUUGUUGCUUAUGGGGGUUAUGUAAUUGUAUUAUUAUGGUUUGUUUUCAUUACUUCUAUUUUGUUCACUGGAUACAUUGUAUGAUGAAUAUAUCACGUGCAUUUAGACUGGUCUUUCUUUUUCUCGGUUGCAGCGUGUCAAGUCAUAUAGUAUGGACAUGGACUCCAAGUGAAACCGUGCAUCAAAAAUUGAUGUCGACUUGGUUCGACAUAUCUCAUGACAUAGUCGAUGCGAGGGCAUUAACGAAUACAGCCCCAGGCGCGAUGAUGAUCCUUUGGUAUGUCGACUUAGAUGAU